AUGAAUAAAUCUUUUACAAACUAUUUUGCAUAUCAUUUACAGCGAAUGGAACAUAAGGCUAGUACAAGUUCCACUCAAUACAAACUUGAACGUAAAUGGAGUUUGUUUAAUGCAUUGGCAAAAGAAUUGGCUGAUAUAGGCGAUGAAAUUAAUGAGAGAUUUUCAUAUAGAACCUUCGAUAGUCUAUCAAAUGAAGUGGUCUUAAUCAAAACAUUUUCAAAUUCAAAUCCAAUGGAAACAUUUCAACAUUCGGAUUAUUUGAGAUGUAAAUGCUUAAUUGACAAUUCAACAUGCAAUCAAUUGAAACAAAGUUAUUUAGAUUCAUUUACAGAUAUUGAAUUGAAAUUUAUAAAAAAAUGA